GCUUUGUUGUAUUCUUUUUAAAUUGACAAGGUCUACUAAGCUAAAGCAUUGUGCAAACAAAUGAACCUCUCUUUCACCCUCCCCCAAAAUAUCUAUACAACUACACUUCUCUUCACUGUCGUGUCGCCGAGAACCCACAACCAGGCAGCUUUCAAAUCUUCUUCUUUCUUCUUAUCCAAAAUGCAUUUUCCCUCUCAUCUCUGUCUAAUCCUAAUUCCUAUCCUCAUGCCUCAACAGCACCAUGGCCCAGAGACGCUACUCCAACCCUGUCAGGUACUACAGUGUGCCUCCUACCGCGAUCGCACCAGAACCUAACACCCUAAUGACCACUGUCACAAUGCCCGAACACUCGCCGACCUUUCCUACAAUCACGUCGCCCAGACCAUCUCCCCCUAAGCAGCCCCAGCGGACAUUCAUCCUCAACCACCCGCCUCUAGGCGAAACGGAACGGAAGUGCCCACACAAUGAUUUAACACCAAUCGAGGGCGUAUCAGAAAUAUUCCGCUGCGACGAGUGCUGGCAGAAGCCUGAGUUGGGUUGGCUCUGGACCUGCACGCAGGAUGUUGUGGGAGAAGAUGGACUGAUUGAUCCGAAGAAGUGCGCGCUUCUAGAACGGAAGGCGUACAUGUCUGUUUUGAGUGGUGUGCACGAGGACGAUAAUGUGAAGAUUAUGAUUAAGCAGAGACUGGCUCUUUUGAGUAGGGAGGAGUUUCAUUCGCCUCAGAACGUGGAACAGGGCCAAGCCCAGGACCAAAGGCCUAAGGAUGAAGCGUCCAUACCGGAACGACAGAAACAUGUUCGACAGAAAAGUCAACGCGUGCGAUUUGCAGAGGAGAAUUCGUACAGAUCACCGUCUCCUCCGGUAUACCGCGACAAAGAGGAGGAUAAGAGUGUGGAAGUGUAUCGCAAUACCGUCCCAGAGCAGCAAAGCGUUGCGUCGGAUGAAGAUAACCAUGCUGAAUACAUAGCUUGGUUGAACAUGAUCACGAAUAUGAGAAACGAGACGAGUUUUGGACAGCUCAGGCCUGGAGUCAACACCUCGCAACAUUCUGCGAACACUGUCCAAGGCGUUCACGCGCAACAGCAGCAAGCUUCCGGCAACACUCAGGUACAGGCCAACGAAUCCCAAUCGCAAGCUAUCGAUCGCUCGUAUAUCACGCGUCUUCGCCGGGAGAUGCACAGUUUGGAUUACCACGCAGCCAUCGCGGACAUGCAUAAGACAUCUCGGGUUUCCCCACAACAGCUUAGGGCCCGCCACCAGCCUGAAGUCUCACGCUCCAAGUCCUUCCGUUCGCAUUUUCAACGCUCUCACCAGGGAUCACAGAGACGUGAUGAUGAAAACCAGAUCGCCACGCCUGUACCUGUACGUCCGGCAUCUCACGACUACAGCAGACAGUACCAAAGUCCCAACCAUCACACUGGACGCCAUGAGCAGCAACUCAGCACUCAUUAUCAUGGUAUCCAAAGUCCGCCUGAAAUGUUUCGGGGCAGGGCUUUAAGUCGCUCACACAGCCAUCCUGCGCGAGAACAGCCGGGCCACAACACCCGCAAGGUCCCGUUCGUGUUGAAGAUCCACGAUCCUGAGGAGAACCAGAACUCCACCGUGCAGGUCGCCGCACGCGCCAUUGGAUACAUCCCGAAAGAACGUCUUUCUCCUGAAUACCAUAGUCCUCCGCCUGCAGCGCCUGAGCAGCCUUCUUACAGGACUACCAAGCCUCUUCCUCCUCCGCCGCCGCCGCCGCCGCCCCGUCGGCCCAGGUUUCUGUUUCCUUGCGGUUAUAAGAUCUGCUCGACAUGUCGGGGCGUGAGGAUAAAUGAGAUACUGCCGGCGACAAGGUACAAUCCCGAGGAAGAACUUGCGCGGCCAUCGGCAAUCGUUUACGAUUCGACUCAGCAGUCCGGUAUCCCGGAGCAACUUAUAUUCUUCCGCCCUGAUUUCGAAGACCCGAGCAGCGACCCGACGGCGAAAGACGGCAUUCUCAUGCGAGAUGCGCAAUACUUUCUAGCACGAGACAACGAUCCCGAACUUCGGGGUCUAAUCGCGAGUCACAUUGUCAAUCUGGGACCUAGUCCUGCGCCCGCGGAUGAGAACCUGGCUUCUCACAUGGAACAUCUGGCAGUCGAAUCAUUGAGCGGGGGAAGCGACAACUCGACGGAUGAGAGUGUGGAUGCGGUUGGACAGAAAUUCAUCUAGUUAUGGGGAUGUUUCGGCGCGGUGGUUUGAU